AUGACCACCCCCUCCCCCCAAAAACCAACCACCGUCCUAAUAAUCGGCGCCGGCUUCGCCGGCCUCACCGCGGCCAUCGAAUGCGUCCGCCACGGGCACUCUGUGACCGUCCUCGACUCCUUCACGCAACUCAAGCCCCUCGGCGACAUCAUCUCGUUCGGCCACAACGCCGGGCGCGUCUUCCGGCGAUGGCCGGGCGUGGAAGCGGCGCUGGACCCGCUGUGCCACCGGUCGAAGGAGCUCGUGUUUAACAGGUGGGACGGCGAGCACGUGCUGACGCAGGUCUGGGAGGAGGAGGAGUUGGAGAAGGCGGGUGGCAAGAAGUUUAAUGGGCAGCGGGGCGAGAUUCAUGGCGUGGUGUGGGAGUAUGCGGUAAGUUUGGGCGUGGAGAUACGGUUGGGGGAGAGGGUGGUGGAGUAUUUUGAGGAUGAGAGAGAAGCAGGAGUGGUCGUUGAAGCGGCGGCGGCAGCGGAUGGGCAGCAGGACAAGAAGGAGAGGAAGCGCUACACAGCCGACGCGGUGCUGGCAGCCGACGGCGUGCGCUCGACGGCGCGCACCAUCGUGCUGGGGCAGGAAGACAAGCCCAAGUCCUCCGGCUACGCCAUCUGGCGCGCAUGGUUCCCGUCGGACGACCUGGCCAAGAACCCCCUAACCAAACACCUCGUCGAGAACGGCGACACGCACACAGGCUGGCUCGGCCCAAACAUCCACUUCCUCGCCGCCUCCCUCAAAUCCGGCACCUCCUUCAGCUGGGUCUGCACGCACCCAGACACGCACGACGUGUCCGAGUCCUGGUCCGCGCCGGGCCGCGUCGCCGACGCCCUCUCCCUCCUCUCCGCCUGGCACCCGACCGUCCGCGCCAUCGUCGCCGCCACGCCGCCCGACCGCCUCGUCGACUGGAAGCUCGUGUACCGCGACCCGCUGCCGACGUGGGUGUCGCCGCUCGGAAAGAUCGCGCUGCUGGGCGACGCGGCGCAUCCGUUUCUGCCGACGUCGAUUCAGGGCGCGAGUCAGGCGGUCGAGGAUGGGGUGACGGUGGCGGUGUGUUUGGAGAUGGCUGCGAAAGAUGGGAAGAAGGCGGAUGUGAGGGAGGCGCUGCGGGCGUACGAAAGGAUCAGGUAUGACCGCGUGCGGAAGGCGCAGAAGACGGGCGAGACGACGAGGGAUCGAUGGCACAAGGCGGAUUUCGACAAGGUGUUGCAGGAGCCCGAGGCCGUCAGGUUGCCAAGGGAGGAGUGGCUGUUGGGGCAUGAUGCCGAGGCGUAUGCGUAUGCGGUGUAUGGGGAGACGGUGGAGCAGAUGAGGAGGGAGGAGGAGAAGGGCGGGGUGGAUGUUCGGUCUUUGUUGUAG